UUAGUAAAGAUGGCGGACAGAGGAGAUGAAGAGUGGAUGGAACAUGCAUUAAAUUUGGCAAAAGAGGCCCUGAAAAAAGGCGAAGUGCCUGUGGGGUGUAUUAUGGUCUACAAGAACCAAGUUAUAGGCACAGGAAGGAAUGAGGUAAAUGAGACAAAGAAUGCGACAAGACACGCUGAACUAGUAGCCAUUGAUCGAGUUAAGCGAUGGUCAGAGAACCAAGGUCUUUGUUUUGAGGAUGUUGUGAGAAAUUGCAGCCUCUUUGUUACAGUAGAGCCGUGUAUCAUGUGUGCUUCAGCACUGCGAUACCUGAAUGUCUCUAAAGUUGUCUUUGGUUGCGCAAACGAACGAUUUGGAGGCUGUGGUUCUAUUUUAAACAUUCAUACAGACGAUUAUACAACAGAAACAUCUAAAUGUGUUUCUCAGGACGCAUCUUCAAAUGGUGUUGAAAAUACAAUAGGGUGUGUUAUGGAGAACAAAUCUGUUGUCGCAGCUUCCUCGGACUUGUUGAAGAAUCUCUCUGAGACGGACGAUGAAUUUCCAUGUUGUACCUCGUGUCAGACAUUAAUUGGCACUUCAUUUAAUUCCGCUAAAUCAACCGACUUUGAUUCACAGAAAAGUCUGGAGAUUUCUUCAGAGGCCUCCAUCCGAGAAAUUUCGCCAACUGUCGUAGGAAAUUCAACAGGUUGUUCCAAAGGGCAGCAAUGUUUAUGCGCGCCUGUAAACUGUGAGGAAUGCGGUCGAGCCCUAUCGAAUUCAUGUGGCGAGAAAUGCACCCACUCCAUCGCUGUAGGGAAACCUCUUGAGUGUGUAUCUGGUGUUUUAGCAAGUACCGCCGUUGAUUUGUUAAAAGAAUUCUACAAAGGAGAAAAUCCGAAUGCACCAUUUCCGAAAGUCAAAACAAAACGAUAAAAGUGAUAAGUGAGCUGAAGUUCCUGAAUCAUGGUUCUUUUGUGGAAUGACUUCUUUUUUUCACAACUGGUGAAUAAAGUUUAAAAAAUACAAUGCAUGGAGUUUUAGUCACCUGAAACACGUUUGUUUAGUUUUGAAUCUUGGCCAACCCGUUAAACAUCGUUUCUCUUCAACACACGUGUUAGUGUUUGUACAGUCGGAUGGUAGUUUCAGAAAGAGCUUUCAAAUAAAUGUCAACUCAUUUAUUUUGAGAGAAAUCUCAAAUUUAGAUAAUUAUCGUCAACAGCUGAGCACUCGCGACAUAAAUAUUUAAUUCACCUUUUGUUCAAAGCAGUAGGAACAAAGAUGGCUG